UCAUAAAGAAGCUCUUCCUUGCUGCUGCUUUUAUUCUCUCUGGGGUUAGACGGAACGCUUGAAGGCAAUUUAGAGCGAUUGGUAAGCGUACCAAAUCCUCGCAGCCUCAAAAAUGUUAAAAUUCGUUCUGAACUGCCUCCUGCUGCUGCCCUUGCUGAUCGUCUUCAUGUUAGAAUCUCUGCUGAAGCUUUUUAUUCCUAAGAAGAGAAAAUCAGUCACCGGAGAAAUCGUUCUGAUCACUGGAGCUGGACAUGGAAUCGGGAGACUGACUGCCUAUGAAUUUGCCAAACUUAAAAGCAAACUGGUUCUUUGGGACAUAAAUAAGCAUGGAAUUGAGGAAACAGCUGCUGAAUGCAAGAGACUGGGUGCAAAAGUUCAUACCUUCGUGGUAGACUGCAGUAACCGAGAAGAUAUUUACAGUUCGGCGAAGAAGGUGAAGGCAGAAAUUGGAGAUGUCAGUAUUCUAGUAAAUAAUGCUGGUGUGGUCUAUACAUCAGAUUUGUUUGCUACACAAGACCCUCAAAUUGAAAAGACUUUUGAAGUUAAUGUACUUGCACAUUUCUGGACUACAAAGGCAUUUCUUCCAGCGAUGAUGAAGAAUAAUCAUGGCCAUAUUGUCACUGUGGCUUCAGCAGCUGGGCAUACUGCAGUCCCCUUUUUAAUGGCUUAUUGUUCCAGCAAGUUUGCUGCUGUUGGGUUUCACAGAGCUCUGACUGAAGAACUGGCAGCCUUGGGAAGAACCGGAGUCAAAACAUCAUGUCUCUGCCCUAACUUUAUAAACACUGGCUUCAUCAAAAACCCAAGUACCAGUUUGGGACCCACCCUGGAGCCUGAGGAAGUGGUAAGCAAGCUGAUGAAGGGGAUCCUGACUGACCAGAAAAUGAUUUUUGUUCCAUCUUCUAUAAGCGUUUUAACAGUGGUGGAAAGGAUGCUUCCUGAGCGUUUCAUGGGAAUUUUAAAGCAAAAGAUCAACGUUAAGUUUGAUGCAGUUAUUGGAUAUAAAAUUAAAGGGCAAUAAGUGCUUGUGGUUGUUUUUUAAUCGAUUUACAAGGUUUCAAUUUAUUUCAUUUAAUAUUAAUCAGGAUUUUAAUGGUUGGACUUCUGCCUUUCUUAUCUUUUUUAUUUUUCUUCCAUAUCACCUGGUGAGGCUCUGGCAGUCCUCCUAUGUUAUCCCUCUUCUAUAGCUGGAAGCUAAUUUCAUAAGAUACAGAGAGAAAUACCUGAGCAGGGGCCUCAUGGGAAAUGGAGAAAAAGAAUAAAAGCAGUUUUAUAAUAAUUUCUAAGAUCCCGUGGCUCAUCUAAACGCUUUGCAGAAUUUGUACUAUAAAUGUUUAAGAUAUAUUUUUAUUUUUAAUUGCACUUACAUUUUAUAUAAUUCACGUUUCCUUUUUCUAAUGUACAUAAAAUAGAAACUUUAAGUUCUCGAAAUAAACUGAAGGACUAUACCCAGUAGCAUUUCAUAAUGAAUUUCAUGCGAUGUAAGAAAUGUUCAAACAUUUCAUCCUGCACUUUACCACUGUUUCCUGCGAGAGACUUUACUUUCAGGGCCACACAUUUCAGCACAAGGAAACUGGAGGUGGACACAUGUUGCAAAAAUAAACCAUUGGGAUUUAAAGCAGAAAAUUGUGAGAAUGUACCUGAGUGGCAACAAUAAUGAAUGGAUCGUACUUAAACUUGUGUUGUUUCCAUCUUGUUGUUUUGAACAGAACAUGGCUUAACCUUCAAAUGAAAGGAAAAUAAAUUAUGUACACAAA